UUACCUCCACAGAAUUGGGAGGAUGAUGUUUGUCGUUUCCAGAAGAUGUUCAGACAUCCCAGUGACACAGAGCUGGUAGUUCUGGUUGGAAACCACGACAUCGGCUUCCACUACGAAAUGGACUGGUUCAAGUUACAACGCUUUGAGAAGGCCUUCAAUACCACCUCCACCAGAAUGGUCACCAAGAAAGGAGUGAACUUCCUAUUGGUUAACAGCGUGGCGUUGCAUGGUGACGGCUGUCCUAUCUGCCAAUCAGUGGAGAAACAGCUGUACACACUGUCCAGGAACCUCAACUGUUCAUUACUACAGAAUUCCCAGUCCAGCAUUAUUAAAGAAUUCUGCCGAGACGCAUGGACCUAUCCUCCUACACCACCCAUUAUCCUGCAGCAUUACCCUCUGUACCGGGUGAGUGAUGCGGGCUGUACGGGUCGGGAUGCUGCUCCUCCUGAAGAGCGCCACCUGCUGUUCAGAGAGAAGUACGACGUGCUGUCUCAGGAGGCCUCUCACAGGCUGUUGCAAUGGUUUAAGCCCCGCCUGGUUCUCAGUGGCCACACCCACAGCGGCUGUCAGGUUCUCCAUGACAACCAGUACACAGAGAUCAGUGUUCCGUCCUUCAACUGGAGGAACCGCAACAACCCCAGUUUCAUCCUGGGUUCUUUCUCUCCAAGCGGUUACGGCCUGUCGAAGUGUUUCCUUCCAGAGGAGAGUACGGUGAUAGCUCUGUACUGUUCUACCGGAGCCAGCCUCCUCCUCCUCCCUCUGGUCCACUGCCUGUGGAUAAGAGGUCUUCUCCGGUGCCUCAACUUCUGUCCCAUCAGCAAACACAAGUCUCUCUGAUCGUCUCAGGUAGAGGUUGUCCAUGA